GGGUCCUCUCGCAAAAUAUGGAGAGCAGCUACACAAUGGUAACCUGAGAGAAUACAAUAUAAUAAAAAUGAAAAUACCAAAAAGGAAGCUAUUCCUCCUAAUUAUUUUUGCAUAUGUGGCAUUUUCACUUUAUGCUGCAUACAAUGUCUUCUUCAGCACCAAAGUCAUCUCCCGUGUUCACCGGGUGGUGAAGAAAGAGACGGGGGCACUCUCGGGUGGUGUCAGAGAUGGCGGUGCUGCUCCAUUUUUAGCUCGCGAUUGGAAUCCGUGGGAGGAUGAACAGGUGGACUACAACUCUGCUCUGACCAAAAAGAGGGAUGCCUUCAAACAGCACCUGGGUCGAAUUGACAAGAACAAACCAAAACGAUACAGGGUACAAAUCUGGGGUAAAGCUGCCAUAGGGAUUUACCUUUGGGAACAUAUUUUAGAGGGACCCCUCAACCCUACAGACAAGAUCGCACAAUGGCGAGAGGGAGAACUGAAGUCAGGAAAAAUUGAUUUCAGUUUCUACACAGGCCCUGCUGUGGUCCAGGGUCAUGUCCCUCUGGAUAUGAAUAGCCUGGUUCUGGUUCUGAAUGGCCGCGAGCAGCAGAAGGUCUCUUACUCCACACGGUGGCUGGAGCAUGUCCAAGCUCUAGUACAGUCCCACAGAGUGUCACAUGUGGCUGUGGUCCUGCUGGGAAAUGAGCACUGCAACAACGACUUCAUUGCCCCAUACUUAAAGAGAAAUGGUGGAUUUGUGGACUUGCUGUUUCUAGUGUACGACAGCCCCUCGGUCAACGACAAGGAUGUCUUCCAGUGGCCUCUUGGUGUCGCCACAUACAGGCAGUUUCCUAUGAUCAGGCCCAAUACCCAACUGAUUACCUCCAACAGGCCAUACCUUUGCAAUUUCCUCGGAACUGUUUACAAAAAUUCCUCCAGAGAAACUCUUAUGCAGGUGCUGAAACAAUCUGGUCUGGAUAAGGAAUGCAUCACCACUGCCAGGGAGAUGUGGCUCGCUCAGGAGACAGCAGAAAGUUUGAGACGCUAUCAGACAGCUCUGGCUCAGAGCGAGCUCACUCUCUGCCCAGUCGGCAUCAACACAGAGUGCUACCGCAUCUACGAGGCCUGCUCCUAUGGCUCAGUGCCCGUGGUGGAGGAUGUACUCACUCCUGGGACUUGUGCGGCCGGGUCCAGCUCCCCACUACGUCUGCUCAAGGCUGCAGGAGCACCCUUCAUCUUCAUCAGUGACUGGAAAGAACUGCCGGCCAUCUUGGAGAGGGAGAGAGCAAUGAGCCAGGAGCAGAGGGUGGACAGGAGGAGGAGGCUGCUGGAGUGGUACGCCAGCUUCCGUCAGCAGAUGAAGGAGAGGUUCACUGAGGUCAUCGAGGAGACUUUCUUCAAAGACGGUUGACAGUGGUGUUUAAUAAACAAACAUUUCAAAGAUAUACAGGGGUAGACGUUCAAUAUUGGUUUAUUUUGUGGUUCUUGGAUAAAUGUGACAUACUACUGAUGUUGUGAGCCUGAUGAUGUUCAGUGUGAUAUUCCUGUGCGGGUUAUUAUAAAACCAUUGUUGUGUUGUAAGGCUGCCAUUACUAGUCAUUAAAGGGCCCUGUGACAUUAGGACAUGGGUCAUGUUUAUCAUCUUAAUGUUUACAACGGUGGAAGGUCCAGGUGUUUGGAAAUACUAAUUUAUACUGCCUUUGCAUUUUGAAGAUCUUAUAUUAUUUCAACCAUGUUUUAUAUCUGUUUGUACGCACUUAAUAUUGUGAUUUUUAGGAAACGCUAAACGUUCAGAGUAAAAUGAGAUGGUAUGUGUUUUUAGGCCUCAUUUGAAAAUGGUGCUUAGAGCUUUUUUUUUGGUAAGCAACUUUAAAAUGAAUGUUGUUGCUGUGGCAUGUGACAAUUUUCUGAUCAAAACUUUUUAUUUUAGUGGUGUGCUGCAUGGAUUUAUUAUUAUUUAUUUUUUUACAGUGCAAGACAAUACAUUUGAGUGUUGUCAUGAAGAGAAAUGAGUGGAUGUGCUUGUUCCUGUGCAUUUAUUUUUCAUACACUGCAGAUGGCGCUGUGGUCCAGGUCAUGUUUAGUGGCUACAAUGAUCUCAGAUGAUGGUAAAAGCUUUUUGAAGUUGGGCAGAAAUUAAUGAGCAAAAGCAUGGUUCUAUCUUCAAAAGUUUGUUGAACUUAUACUAAGACGAUGUGUUUAUUACUGUCUUUUUGGAACAUAUGAUAAAUAACUUCUUAACAAUAAAAUACAUGUCUAACAUAUAUUGGCUUA